AUGAAGAAGGCGAAGCUCAUGAAGUGCGCCGCCAGUCUUGGGGCCCCCACCAGGAAGCCGGCGGCGCCGACGCAGUGGCGCGCAAUCAAAAACGCGCGCGAGGAUUGCAAGCUGCGGGAGGCCGCUCAGCGGCAGCCUUCCCCGGCGCGCGCGAGCGAGCCAGGCGCUGCCAGCUCGGACCUGGCGGCGCCGUCAGUUUCGCAUGGGCCCGCGUCGGCGCAGGCCCCGGCGCGCGUGGGCGAGCCAGGCGCUGCCAGCUCCGGCCCGGCCGCUCCGUCCGUUUCACGCGGGCCCGCGUCGGUGGGGGCACCAAGUGCGCGCGGGCGGGUCCGGCUCUUCCAGUUUGAACCAAGCGCAGGUAGCGCCGUCCGCCCCCGCCACGGCUGCGCGGAAACAGGUCGCGGGGGCGGCCGAUGUCACCUCCAGCGACGCGCGGAACAUGAGCCGGGAAGUGUUGCGUGCACUGGCGACCUGGGGGUCGGGACUCGGGAGAACAGAAAGAGCUCGGAGGCGCUCUGGGCGGCGCGCUGUCGCGCACUCCCGCAGGCCCCGCAGCGACAGCACUCCCGGGCGGGCGCGAGUGAGCCAGGCGCUGCCAGCUCCGACCUGGCGGCGCCAGCAGCUUCGCGUGAGCCCGCGUCGGGGUCUCGCACUGCCAGCUCGAGCCAGGCGCAGGUUAAAUCGACCGCCUCCGCCACCGCGACGCAGAACCCGGUUGCGGGGGCGGCCCGUGUCACCUCGACCGACGUGCAGAACAUGAACAAGAAAGAGUUGCGUGCGCUGGCGGCCUCGUUGUGGGUCGCAGCUAGGGACGCCCGACAGUCCACGAGGCUUCUCCGCUCGGCCUGUCGUCGCGCCCUCACAGGGCAGGUUGGGAUAGCUUCCUUUUUCCAGCCCGCCGUGGCUCCAGGCGCCCCGGGCCGAGAAGCAGGCGACGCGCCAGUCUUUUACAGCGCGUCCGCAAUGGAUCCAAGCCCAGCGAAGCCGCGCGAACGACCGAGGGCCGUUCGCAAACCGUCGUGGCUGCGUAAACCAGCCUGGUUGUCUGCGCUGACAGCGCGCCAGAAGAAAGUUGGGAAGCGGCGCACUCAGCGCGUGCUCCGUAAGGAUCGGAUUCACGACAAGAUCCGCAACAAGCGCCCUCAGCGCGCGCUGGCGGCUGCCAAGCGGGGCAAGAAACGAUAUCAAGAGGACUUCGCAGAGAGAGCAAAGCGCAAGCAUCGAGUGUUGAAAUCCCGCAGGGAGGCGCCUCGCGCGAAUCGGAGGCCGGCGAUGCCGAAGAGCGCAAGGGCAGAGCGCGCCGGCGUCCUCGGCAGGGAGGGCAGCUGGAAGCGGACGGCGGAAGAGUCUGCCAGGCUCUGCCAGCAGGACGGCCCCAGUCACUUACCGCCGUGUUACGCGGGGCUGGACCAGGAACACCAGCGGAGCACGUGCGUGGUGUGCUGGCGUGCGUGGUAUAAUUUGCCUGCCGAGUACGAGUUCUCGUGCACGCAGCAGGGGCUCAGGGCGCAGCAGGCUCCGUGGUUUUACCCGGGCGCGAGCGUCCUCGCGAGGGCCGGCAAGAAGAGCCACGUGAACCAGUGGCGCCUGGAAGCAGCCGGGUCGGUGGAGGAAGCGCAGUGCUACCUGGCGGCAAACUACCCUUCAGGGGGGUGCGAGAGUAUCGCCCGCAGACUGCACGACCCAGAGAGAAAGAGGAUCAUCACGACUUGCGGUGGUUGUCACAUGCACGUCGGCGAAGAUCAUGUUCUCCCGCCCCCCGCCGGCGAGAUGCGCAUGCGUGACUUCGUGGUGGGCCCGGUUUGGUGCACCCCGAGGAGCGAUGGGUCCGCGAUCGCGCAUGAGCGCUUCGAUGGUGUUCCCCCGCCAGGCCCUGCCAGCGAGGAGGCGUUCUCCAGAGUGCUCGGUUUCAGCGCGGGCGAGUUCGCGCACCUGGUGGCCGCACUUUCGGACAACGAGGAAAUGGCAUUGGCAUUGGUGCAUCCGGUCGUGCAAGUGUACAUCAUCCCUCGCACGGGUCAGUUGGCGCACGUCGGCCGCAUCUGCAACUUUCGCCAAAAGGUCAACAAUUUCCUCAAGAGACUGCCGGUCAUGCCCGCGGACAUGCCUGUGGUGCACGUUCGCCCCCAUGCGCUAGGCUCUGCCGGCGCCAAGGGAAAGUCGGCGGGCCGGGCCUUAUUCAAAGUCGACAUCUCCAAACUCAAGGCUGCCUUUUUAUGGUUGAAGGCGAACAACCCAUAUUAUGCGGAAAUUGGGUGGCGGGGCGACGCCGCCGACGCGUGGACCGGCGACGACGUGGAGGAAGGCGCGACGCGCGAGGAGGCCGACAGCGACGCCUCCCAUGUCCCUCCAGUCACUCCGACAUGUUUCGUCAAGUGGAUGGAGCACGGCCGGACUGAAGCUGUCGCCGGUGACUUCGGGCAUGCGAUCGGGAACCGACUGCGGGAAGUCAUCUCGGACGGGGAUUGUGAUGGCGAGGGCCCAGGUCCCGCCGGCGCCGCAUGCUCUCGCGCGUGGGCGAAGGUCCUGCGCCUCGUUGCAGAUGUGUUCGGGAAGAGCGUCUUUCGCAUGGCCACCGCGCUUCCGCAGGAUAUCCUUGCCGUGGCCUUGGCCGCGCGGGGCGUCCUAGACCUGGGUUUACCUCGGGACGGGGGCGCCGCAGGCACGCUUCGGGCACUCCGGUCCCUCGACACAAACGAGUGCCCGGUGGGCCUCCACGUGUUCCGCGCCGAGCUGGACGCCGUCAUGGUGGAGGAGCGCGACGAGGGCCCGCAAGCCGUUCACGCUGGCACGACCGCGUCUGCCGAGGCGGGCGACGAUGCGGGACUGCGGCAGGGGGUGCUCGACUCGCUGGCCCACGUGGCGCAGGAGGUCAUCGGGCGGCCAGUUGAUGAGCCAGGCUCUGCCAGCCCGCGCCCGGACGAGGCGCCCGAGGUGGACGCGGCGAUGGCGGGGGAUCCAUCGAACGACGCGCCGCGACAAGGGCCCGCCGACGAGCCCACCGCGGCGCCAGGCUCUGCCAGCGCGUGCCCCGACGAGGACCCGCCGGCCCACGGUCGGCCGGUCAAGUACCCGCGAGUGGGUCCUCCGGAGGAGGACCAGCCCGGGCAGGCCAUGCGGGAGGGCGCGCCUGGGUAUAUUGUGAAAGCGUUCCCGAACAUAUUUCCAUAUGGGACCGGCGACUAUCACGGCGCCAGGCCCUGCCAGCGCCGGACGCUUCGCUUCGAGGGGCGGGGUCGGCAUGUGAUGUUGCGGCACGACGGCCGGCUCAUGCGCCGCACCCGCUUUCGGCACUGGCUCCUGGACACCAUGCUCCGGGUCACGGCCCCGGGCACCCUGCGGACCUUCUUCCGCGCGCGCGAGGCGCGCGAGGAGUACACCCUCGACUCGCUCGACCAAGCGGCGCGAGCUGGUGCAGCAGAUGUCCACUGCGACGAAUCUGAUCCCGGGCCCUGCCAGGGGCAGCCCGACGAUGUGCCCGGGCGUGCCGACGCGCGGCAGAAAGUCGAGGCGGAGCUGGUCUCCCGCAUGGGGGUCGACAUCUCCGUGGCCGACAUCCCUGACUUGAGCCACUUCGGCCAGGUAGAUGACUGGUACGCGAGCUUCGAGUGGAGCGAGGGCGGCAUCAUCCAUGCCCACAUGGCCUUCUGGGCGAUCGGUGCUCCUCGCAUCGACAAGAUCGAGGCGCCCAGAGAACCAGCCCCAGGCUCUGCCGGGGUGGAGAUUGAAGCGCCUCUGCCUGGCCAACAUGCGGUGCCGCAGGCGCAGGCGGCGGAUCGCCUAGCCGCGUUCUGGGAUCGCGCCUACACCGAGUGCGACGUAGCGAAAGCAAUGUGUCCGGCGCCUAGCGACGGUCCGCCAGGCUCUGCCGGCGCAGCUCCCUCUGCCAGCCCCUCGGCGCCAGGCCCUGCCAGCCCAGACUUGGCAGGCGCAGUCGGGGUGCGCCAGGGGCUCGGGCCCGCGCGCGAGAAGCAGGUGCGAUCUCCGGAGAGUACAUCGCAUGAGGCCCACGCCCGCUGUCUGUUAGGCAGUCUGGACUCCGGCGGCGCCGACAGUGAUCGUUGCUGGGCCGACUUGGUCGACGUGCUGGAAGGGUGUUCCAGGACGCCGCGUGAAGUCUCGGAGGCGGAGUUCCUCGAGCCAGGCUCUGCCAGCUUGGAGGCGCGCCAAGCGAGGGCCAGACUUCGUUUCGUCGCGGCUCUUGCAGAAAGGGCGAACAUGCACGACCUGCACAAACCCUACGCCAUGGGCCCACCUGCGAAAGACCAGCCGCGCGCGCACGUGGACGACGAACACUCCAACAUGGAGCGAGUCUCUUGUAAGAAGUCGCUCCCACGGAAGACCGUGGCCCCUGGCGAGGAAGAGGUCGCGGAGGAGCCGGGCCGGCGUGACUUGCACAGGCAGUGGCUGGCCCGGAACUGCAACUUCCUGAACAAUUUCGCCCAGGCUGUCGUGCUGGCGAUGCUGUCGAACAUGGACGUCCAAGCCACUCUCACAAAAGACGCGGUCAUCGAGUACAUGGCGAAGUGCAUGACCAAGUCUGGGCAGGGCGCGCUGAUCGCGGUCAUGGAGCAUAGCUUCUCCCUGUGCGUCGAGAAGUCAAUCAGCGAGGUCAAGUCGCAGCUCGAGCGCGCGCACCUCAUCUUCGGUGCCACGCGGUCCAUGUGCACACGAGAGUUCCGGCACCUCUACCUCAGAGCUGAGACGAGGCAACCCAAGACCAAGGCGAAGCUCGUGUCGGAAGCUGACCCUGGGGCUCGCGUCGUCGAGAAAUCGCAGGCGGAGCAUUGCGCCACCCGUUCCGAGUGGACACUCCCGUCCGACGCAGCGCUCCUCAAACACCACCAAUUGACCGGCGAGCCGCUGUGGAAAUUUAUCCUUCGCAGAGCGGGCACACCAGUGCUGGAGAGCGCCGCGCUCCGCGACGCCAAAGACGACGUGCAGCGCAACUGGCAGCUCUUCCUGGAGUUGCUUAGGCGGUGGGAGUUCAAACGGUGCUUCAACCGUUGCGGCGGGGGCGCGCCGGGCUCUGCCAGCGUCGCGCUGAAGCCUGUCGCAAACAUUGUCGUCAUCCAUCCAGUGGGCAGGUUCACCCAAGCGAAUGCUGAAGCUCAGUGGCGCGACGCUUGCUUCUGGACUCUUCUGGCACGCUGCAACCGCGGGGACGCGUGCGCCGGCGCGUUUCGGGACGCAGAUCACUUGAGCCAGUUUUCGGAUGAAUAUGUGGCCGAGCUGAUGGAUCGUUUCGCCAGUGAUUCUCCGGCAGAUCGCGCGAAGGCACGCAUGGCGCAAUGCCCGCCCCAUAUUGCCAAGGCGCGGCAUCUCGGGGUGGCCGGGCGCAGCCGGGCGGAAGAAAGAAAGCGCCCCGCAGCUCGGGUGGCCGCCGCCACCGCCCCGGCGAAGAAGGUGAAUUUUUAUCUUCGUGGAAGAGCAAGCAGAUUGGAGGCAGAUGCCGUGGGCGGACAUGGCCGUGACUGA